CCGGCAGAAUUUUCUCGAUCUUGUCGCGAAGCGCAAAAAAAAAGGCCCCUCCAUCUCUACUACUGCUACAUAACUGCAGGUACAACUGUUCUCUGAACAAGUCAAUCUCGAGAAAUCUACGUCCUCGGAAGGCGACAACGACGGAGGCGAAAGCCACAGACACCACCAGCGAUGCGGCCCCUAACGGAGCAGGAGACGAAGGUCCUCUUUGAGAAGUUGGCAAACUACACGGGCAGCUCCCUCAAGAACUUGAUCGCCCCCCUCGACGACUCGCCCGACGCAGACCGAUACGUCUUCCGCCUCAACCGAGACAGGGUAUACUAUGUGUUGCUCUCCGUCGCGAACCUAGCCACGUCGGUAGCGCGGGAUAACCUCGCCUCUCUGGGCAUCUGCCUCGGCAAGUUCACCAAGUCGGGCAAGUUCCGGCUGCAUAUCACGGCGCUGCCCAUCCUGGCGGAGCACGCGCGGUACAAGCUGUGGAUCAAGCCGAACGGCGAGAUGCCGUUCCUGUACGGCGGCCACGUUGUCAAGGCCCACGUCGGACGCUGGUCCGAUGACUGCCCCGCCCACCAAGGCGUCGUCGUCUACAGCAUGACCGACGCCCCCCUAGGCUUCGGCGUCACCGCCCGCUCCACCGCCGAGGCCCGCCGCCUCGACCCAACCGCCGUCGUCUGCUUCCGCCAGGCUGACUGCGGCGAGUAUCUCCGCGAUGAGGAUACCUUGUUCGCCGGUUAGACCUCGAUCAAGACUGAGAGGAGGAGAGGGGAGGAUAAUAGAGGAAG